AAAUUAGCAAGAUUCCUUCGCAAAAUUUUGCGUUUUUGCGUUUAUGGGGUGGGAACUAAACAGGGCCUUACUAGUAUGCCACAGUUUUCACAUCAAUACCCCUAUGAUACUAGUGGGCACAAGUAAUCAAUCUGAACCGUUGAAGGGGAGAAAAAUAAAGCGAUCAUGUUCAUUUGAGGGUAAUGUAUUUACCUUACAUAUAUACUUUGCUUUUUAUAGAAUCAUAAAAAAGCACAGCUCACUAAGAAUUUCAAUGAGCAGGAUAAUAAAGAUUUCAGGCGAAGAGAUACUUGCAAGGAAAUACCGGAUUAGAAUGAGAGGCAUUGAUGCACCCGAGCUUAAAAUGCCUAAUGGGAAGGAAUCAAAAGAUGCAUUGGUGAAACUCAUUGGUGGGAAAAGUGUCACAAUUUAUGUGUAUGGACAGGACCAGUUUGGGCGUUAUGUGGGAGACAUUUAUUGUGAUAAUGUGUUCAUCCAGGAGCAAAUGCUGAAGAGUGGUCAUGUAUGGCAUUUCAAGACCUACGACAAGCGCCCAGAGUUCGCACAGUGGGAGAGAGAGGCAAGAGCUGCACACCGAGGGCUUUGGGCAUCAGAGAACCCGGAGAAACCGUGGGAUUGGAGAAGAGAUCAGCGCAAUGCAAACAUUCAGGUCUACUGAUGGAGCUGAACUUAGUGUUUAGAGCCCUGAAAUGAUCUGGUAGCCUCACAGUUUCUUAGUGAGGUCCGUGUACAGCUUGCUGAAAUGAAUGCAUAUCAGAAACCAAAAAGUUUGUGUGGUUUUGUGUGUGGAAGAAAUCACAAGAGCACCACAGAGAAAUGUUAUCGAUUCCUCUCAGGAGAAAACAAUAGAACGGGGAGGAAAAAAAUAUAACAUUGCAGUGUUAGCCUGCCUUAUAGU